AUGUCUGGUGAAUCACUCUUCUGGAAUACUAAUGAUAUACCAUCAGAUGUAUUCUCUUUAACCGAUAAUGAUUUUUACGAAUUCGUCAAAAAACGAUUAGGUCAUUGUCAAGCACGUCUGAUUGAAAUCCAAAAAAUUGGUUGUAUGUCUGUGUUUCUCAUGACUGAUGACAUUUGUGAUGCAUUAGAACUCGAUGUUGAUUGUGAUGAAUUUGACGAUUUAAAGAAAGAAUUGUGCUUUCGGUUGCGAGAUGGAACAUUUUUGGUCAAACCGGGCAUUCGAAGCAGUUUUGAAUGUUUGAAAAAACUAAUGUUGAAAAUAGGGGAAGAAAAAACUAAAGAACAAUCGAAACGAAAAUUUCAACGAACGAAUAUGAUACAGGCUCCAACAAACACCUUAACAUCUUCAUCAUCGUCAACUCCAUUAAUUCAAGCAAAUACAACUCAGACAUCAUCAAGAUCGUCAUCGGAACUCUCAUUAGAUAAUCAUAAACAAUAUCUAUUGAAUUUGAUGAAGAAGUGGUGCCAAUCGAACAAAGAAAAUCUAAGCAUGAAUGAUUUUGAUCUUAUUGAUGGAGUCGAUUUUCAUUUAAAUUUAGUGAACAACAACAAUGAGAUUGACGCAAAUGUCGUUUGUAAAUGUGGAGUCAUGACGAAAUUAGCCAAAAAAGAGAACAAAUUACAAUUAUCGAAUUAUUACAAGCACUUGAAAGACACCAGCUGUUCACUCAUGAAAGAUAUGAGAAAGAAAAACAAGAAAACAACAUCGGUUGAAUCAUCAUCACAUCAUCAACCAAUGGCAUCGGCGACGACAAAUCCGGUGGUAGCAGCAGUGUCUACUUCAUCGAACACAUCUUCCUCACAAUCAGCAUCAUCAAAACGUUCAGCAAAUGAGUCACAAACACCUGCGCCAACGAAAAAGAAACGUCGAUUCAUCAAUUGA